CCCGUUACCGUGCUGUACCGCUGGAUGGAAGACAGCAGCAUACCUUUGCACAUAGUAUAAGGCACUAGUAGUACUAGUCAGUCAGUGAAUGGCACGAAAGGCUUUGUUCCCUUAGCGAAAGCUCUCGAAUUCAGUUUGUUGCACACCAAUCGCCACCAUUCAGAAUCACCACCUCCAAAUUGCAUCCUGGGAUUCCUGGCAACAGCCACCAAACAAUGCGACUGCUUCACUUACUGACGCUGGAUUUAAUCCGAAUUUAAAACGAUCUGUAUAAUUCCCACUUCGUUCUUUCACUUUCUCCUUUCCCUUAUCUUGAAGUCUAACCUUGCGCCUUUGGUCAUGGGGUCUAUAAUUAGAUUUCUGUCUAGGAUGCUGAGGGCUUUCCCGGUCGUGUAGAGUACAUGCCAGCUGGAUCUAUGGUCUUGGGAGAGCCAAGGCACCGAGAAGGCACCACCAAGGAAGUUAGUAGCUGAUCGGAGAAUGCAGCCUGUGUACUGGUACGCCGUCCUUCUCCUGCAGCCCACCCUCUACCUGGUUACAUGUGCGAACCUAACAAAUGCAGGAAAAGCAGAACUUAUAAAAUCAGGAAGCCCUAAAUUAACUCUAAAGCAUAUAUGGACAGAAAGCAGUAAAGACUUGUCUAUUAGCCGUCUGCUUUCACAGACUUUGCACAAUAAAGAGAAUGCCACUGCUGUUGAUCUUCAUUAUGAUGCACCAGAACCUUACUCAGAGCAAGACCUGUGGGACUGGCUGAAAAACUCCACAGACCUUCAAGAGCCUAGGCCCAGAACCAAGAGACGACCCAUUGUCAAAACAGGAAAAUUCAAGAAAAUGUUUGGGUGGGGCGAUUUUCAUUCUAACAUAAAAACUGUGAAGCUGAAUCUUCUGAUCACUGGAAAAAUUGUGGACCAUGGAAAUGGAACCUUUAGUGUCUACUUCAGGCAUAACUCCACUGGGCAAGGGAAUGUAUCAGUCAGCUUGGUACCUCCUACCAAAAUUGUGGAAUUUGACCUGGCACAGCAAACUGUCAUUGAUGCCAAAGAUUCCAAAACUUUCAACUGUCGCAUUGAGUAUGAGAAAGUAGACAAGGCUACCAAGAACACGCUCUGCAACAAUGACCCCUCAAAGACAUGCUACGUGGAGCAGACUCAGAGUCAUGUGUCCUGGCUCUGUUCAAAGCCCUUUAAAGUAAUCUGCAUUUACAUUUCAUUUUAUAGUACAGAUUACAAACUGGUACAGAAGGUGUGUCCAGAUUACAACUACCAUAGUGACACACCUUACUUCCCUUCUGGAUGAAACUUGUGAAUUAUGACUGGAACCUGAGGAACAAAACAGGUCAUAUAGUAAGGUUGUCACCUCACCAAAAGACAGCCACUUCUACUGUCUGGAAUGUGUCCAAAAAUGCCUGCUGAUUAUGUCACCUGUUUAUCAAAAUGCUUCUGGAAAAUAGAUGGUCAGCAAAACAAUGCUUUGAUUGACUUUUUUGUUAGAAAAUUUUACAGAAGGAUUCAUGUUAAGACAACAAACCUAUACUGUAGCCACAUUUCUUUUUCUGUUUACAGGCUGCCAUCUGUGUCCUGUCUACAUCAAGAAACCUCCUACAGGAGAAAUGAGUAGUUCAAGUCAUAUUCAGAUGUUUGUUGUUUAAAAAGAGGCAUUAAGAGUAGUCAUGUAUGCACUAUUUUAUUAGUUGAAUCACUAGGUAUAGUAUGUCAAUCGACUAGAACCAUCGUCAGUGUUAAAAGUAGUAGAAAAGAAUCGUGCAAAGGGAACAAAUCAUUAUAAAAUUACUGGUAUGACAGACACAUUCAGGGCAGUCCAGGUUGGCUAAUAUUCUUUUGAGGAGCAUUCAGAAAGGUGAGAAAGCAUUUAUAAUUUGCAUGUUUGCAAAAGGACAUAAGAAAGGAAUGAUCUGUACCCAGUGGCAGUGAAGAACAGCGGCGCUCAGUUAAAACUGUUCAUAUAAAAGAAGACAGUGUCCAAAAAAUGACAAAGAAAACAUGUGAGUUAUGAAUGGUUGGCUUAUCUUUAUUACAGUAUUGUAACAAAUUCUAUAUCCUAGUCUUCAUUUGUAUGAAUGGUUUGUAUUGUAUAUAGUUUAUCCAGUGUUAUUUGAGCCGCUUAUGAAUAUUACCUUGUAGCUGUCUCUCUGCUUGUUCUUUGUUAAAAAAAAAAAAAAGCAAAGGAAAUGAAAAUACCAUUUUAUUGAUGUACCUGUGAACUCCAUAAGGCAAAAUGAUGUGCAAAAGCAGUUAUUCAGAUAAUGUUAUUGUUGAAAGAUAUACACAUAUGGCAUAAUAAUUCGUAUGUAUUUAGAUAUUUUAUUUCUGGAGAAAUAUGAAAUGUAUAUACAAUAAAAAGCUGAAAGAGUUCUGUUUCA